AUGAGUUACGCCUCCGUACUAGCCGAAAACGCGCCUCCUGUCGACGAGCAGCCCAAGCCCGAUCCAAACCUCUUGGAGGGCCAGGGAGAUCAUCUUCCUAACGAAAAACGCGAGGACGAUAAAUCUGGAGAGAACAAUGAUGAACAUCGCUCCAACCAUACGAACGAGGACCGCUCUUCAUCAACAGUGAAGGAAGACCAAGUCAAGCAAGAGGCAAAGAAAGUCGCCAAGGAAGGAAAGCGGCAAUUACAAGACCCAAAAAAUCAGGCUGCAGCUAUCAGUCUCGUCAACGUCAUCACUCUCAGUGCCACCGCUUUCAUUGCGCUCAAGUAUUGGAACAAGCCACACUGGGAUAAGCGGGUGGUUAGUGGACUCAUCGUUGGAGUUAGCGCAAUUAUGGGGGGACAAGGAUAUCUGGCGAAACUAUUUUCUAAUUUUCAAAGCAAGCAUUGA